UCACGAGGGUGGAGAACGAGAUUCAGACAGGCGCCGCUUGGAGCAGGUGGAGAGAAGCAUCCCCGGUUUAGCUGUUGCUGUUGUUCUUCCUCCAACCAUAGGUCUGAGCCAAGAAAAGACAAGCAUUCCCCGGCUGAGAGCAGCAGUGAACUGUUGCUCAGAACCUAGAAGGAGGACAGAACGGGAAUAUCAAGCGUUUGGACCAAAGGGUCUCCGAGCACCGCAGGGAGCUGUCCAGGGUACUGAAGCACGCAAGCACUGCGUUUCCACCAGCCCCAUGCGAGGUUAGGCUGCUCAUUCUCAUUCCUAUCUUUCUGAUUCCCAUGCCCGGCAUAAGACUAUUUUCAGGAUCGUGAAUAUCUCUCCGUAUCAUGGCCCACGUGAGACAUUUUCGGACACGAGUUUCGGGAUUUUACUUCUGGGAAGCGACACUGCUACUCAGUUUGGUUGCCACGAAGGAAACAAAUAGCGCAAGAUCCCGAAGUUCUCCGAUGUCACCGUCAGACUUUCUGGAUAAAUUAAUGGGAAGGACAUCCGGGUAUGAUGCAAGAAUCAGACCUAAUUUUAAAGGUCCUCCAGUUAAUGUCACAUGCAAUAUAUUCAUAAACAGCUUUGGCUCUAUUGCAGAGACAACUAUGGAUUACAGAGUAAAUAUCUUUCUUCGACAGAAAUGGAAUGAUCCUCGUCUUGCAUAUAGUGAAUACCCUGAUGAUUCUUUAGAUCUCGACCCAUCCAUGUUGGACUCCAUUUGGAAACCUGAUUUGUUCUUUGCCAAUGAAAAGGGAGCCAAUUUUCAUGAAGUUACUACAGAUAACAAACUGCUAAGAAUUUUCAAAAAUGGAAAUGUUCUUUACUCAAUAAGAUUAACAUUAACACUUUCCUGCCCAAUGGAUCUUAAGAAUUUUCCAAUGGAUGUGCAAACAUGUAUAAUGCAACUGGAAAGCUUUGGGUACACAAUGAAUGAUCUAAUUUUUGAAUGGCAAGAUGAGGCACCUGUACAAGUGGCAGAAGGACUCACUUUGCCCCAGUUUCUGUUGAAAGAAGAAAAAGAUUUACGAUAUUGCACUAAACAUUACAACACAGGAAAGUUUACUUGUAUAGAAGUACGAUUCCAUCUGGAACGACAAAUGGGAUAUUAUCUCAUCCAGAUGUACAUCCCCAGUCUCCUGAUUGUGAUUCUAUCCUGGGUUUCAUUCUGGAUCAACAUGGAUGCAGCUCCAGCAAGGGUAGCUUUGGGAAUAACUACUGUGCUGACUAUGACCACACAGAGUUCUGGGUCACGAGCCUCCUUACCAAAGGUUUCCUAUGUCAAAGCCAUUGAUAUUUGGAUGGCAGUAUGCCUUCUUUUUGUGUUUUCUGCACUUCUGGAGUAUGCAGCUGUAAAUUUUGUAUCAAGACAGCACAAAGAACUUUUGCGAUUUCGACGAAAGAGAAAGAAUAAGGAUGAUGAGAUAAGAGAAAGUCGAUUCAGCUUCACAGCCUAUGGAAUGGGACCAUGUCUACAAGCAAAAGAUGGUGUAACUCCAAAAGGUCCAAACCAUCCUGUCCAGGGAUCGAACUUGGGACCUUGUGCUUGCAAGGCAGGUGCUGGAACCACUGAGCUAAAUCCCCUGCCCAGAAAUCAACAUCUGUAUAAACAAGAAAAAGAAGAGGAGGAAGGUGAGGAAGGUGGGGAGAAGAAAGAAGAGAGAAAGGAGAAGAGAGGAGAGAAGAGAAGAGGAGAAAAGCAGGCAAUGGUAGAAAUCUAUAAUAGACCAGAAGUAAAUAUGAAAUGAUAUGACCCCUGAGAGAUAUGUCAAAUGCUCAGAUAUGAAGUGUGUAUUAAAAUAUUCAAGAAUACCAAAAGGAAGAAAAAGAAAUGGAAAAAUGAGAAAUCCACAAAAUGAGGAAAGUAUAUGGCACAUAUAUAAUACUAUGCAGAGACCUUAGUAACUAAUAAAGUUUUCUGUCUGUUUCAAUCUGACUUGCUCUGUUUAAUUCCCACUGAGCUAGAUGUGCCUCACCUAUAAUUACAUAAUGCACACACCCUCCCUCAAACCCACUCA